UUGUUUUCUCCUGAUUUGAAAUUUGUUUAUUUAGAGAGGCCAUUCAUGGAAUUAACCAAAUGGAUUAGAAGCUUACUUCUCAUGCUUAAUUUCCCAUCUGUUGGAAAGCGGUGCUGGAUUCCAAUGGAGGAGUUAUAUGUAAAUCCAGAUGGCGGUGGACUUCGUUCUGGAUUAGGUUUACCUUUUUAUAUCUUACAUAUUUGUGUCUCUGGAGAUCGCAUAUUCUACUUCCAUGAAUCAAUACUGAUGGAAGGAGACACAGAAAAUGAUUGAGCGUGCAAAUCGUGAUGAGCAGUUGAAAGAUAGUCAAUUUAGAGGAAAUGAUUGAGAUGGGCAGUUGAAAGAUGCAAACACCGGUGACCAAAGACUUACUUUUCUAACCUUAUUAAUUCCGAUAUAGUGAACAAUUUCGACCUCCUCGGUGCUUGUCGAACACCAAUUUUGUUCCGAGUUAUCUUCUUCUGGUUGGUUUAGGUUCUGGACCGAAGAUUUAUCUUUCCGGUGCCCCUGUGUUCCCUUGCUGCACCAACAUAUGGUAGAGGAUGACUAGAGUAACCAGGUUGGAUAAAUUAGAUGAUACCAGUUUGGUAAGAUGCUGAUUGAAAAGAAAUAAAAAAUAAUAAUAAUAAAUAAUUUGUGUGUUCUUAGUUCUGGACAUUUGUGAUUGCUGGAAUCAAGCUGAGCUGUAAGGAAGAAAGACUUUCUGUUUUAAAAGUACUUAGCCAGGAAAACCUAACCUAAAAUAUCAAUUAUGUGGGUACAUUCCAUGCUGAUAAGUGACCGUAUAGCAUGAGGAGAUUAGGACUCGUACAAUUCCAUUGUAGUAUGGAGCAAUUACAUGAUGAUGGCGGCACUUCACCAUCUCCAUGAAGUUAUGUCAAGAUUUUAGGUUUUGGCCUCGGUAGUUGAUCGGUUCUGAUCCCUCAUCUCCCUCCACCAACUACAGAGUCAUCAACAUGAGCAAUCUUAAACUGGGGGUUGAAGUCCUCAGUGCUCAUGACCUCAUCAGCAAGGAUGGUCAAGGCUCUGUCAGUCCUUAUGUCGAACUCCGUUUUGAUGGCCAAAAAUUCCGAACCACCAUCAAGGAGAAGGACGUUAACCCCGUUUGGAAUGAGAGCUUCUACUUCAACGUCUCUGAUCCGUCCACCCUCUCUGACUGCCCCCUCGAAGCUCACGUCUACCACUUUAACAGGGCGACCAACUCCGGGUCCUUCAUCGGGAAGGUGCGGCUUGCAGGAACCUCCUUCGUCCCCUACUCCGACGCGGUGGACUUGCACUAUCCGUUGGAGAAGCGUGGGAUCUUCUCACGCGUUAAAGGAGAACUCGGCCUCAAGGUGUUCCUCACCGAUGACCCUUCCAUAAGGUCUUCCGUUCCUCAGCCAGCUUUCGAUCCAAUCCUUGGCAGCCCUGCUUCAAGCCAUGCGCAGCAACCUCAGGCUGAGGUCACCGGUUCGAGCCUGAACCCGUUCCAGGAGAGCAGACCCGAGCCACUUCGGACCUUCCACCACCUUGCUAGAGAGCAGCAGCAGCAGCCGCCGCAGCCGUACUACUCUGCAGCAGGUCAAGCGGUCGAUCAGUCGGUGAGGUACGCGACGGACGAGAUGAAAUCCGAGCCGCCUCGAGUCGUGAGGAUGUUCUCGUCGUCGUCCUCUCAGCAGCCGGUGGACUUCCAGCUCAAAGAAACUAGCCCUUCCCUGGGCGGCGGACGGAUCAUCGGUGGCCGGAUGAUACCCGGGGACAAGGCGGGCGCCUUCGACCUGGUGGAGAAGAUGGAGUACCUCUUCGUGCGGGUGGUGAAGGCGCGUGAGCUGCCGGCCAAGGACAUCACGGGGAGCCUCGACCCGUUCGUGGAGGUGAGACUUGGCAAUUACAAGGGAACCACGAGGCAUUUUGAGAAGAACCAGAGCCCGGAGUGGAACCAAGUGUUCGCGUUCGCCAGGGAACGAGUGCAAGCUUCGUUCAUGGAGGUGGUGCUCAAGGACAAGGACCUCGUCAAGGAUGACUUCGUGGGGCUCGUGCGCUUCGAUCUGAACGAGGUCCCUUCGCGAGUCCCCCCCGACAGCCCGCUAGCUCCCGAGUGGUACCGGCUCGAGGACAAGAAGGGGGAGAAGAUUAAAGGCGAGCUGAUGCUGGCUGUGUGGUAUGGAACCCAAGCUGAUGAGUCCUUCGCCUACGCCACGCACUCCGACGCCGUUCCCGCUGUUGACGCCCACACCUUGAGCAACUACAUACGCGCAAAGGUGUACCAUGCGCCGAGGCUAUGGUACGUCCGAGUCAACGUCAUUGAGGCCCACGACAUCUUUGUUUCCGACAAGAAAAGGUUCCCGGACGUGCUCUGCAAAGCUCGGAUCGGAGGCCAGCUGAUGAAGACGAAGGCGAUCCAGUCCCGGACGCCCAACUUCCUGUGGAACGAAGAGUUCAUGUUCGUGGCGGCAGAGCCUUUCGAGGAGGACCUGAUCCUGUCCGUGGAAGAUCGCGUCGCGCACAACAAAGACGAGGAGAUCGGCCGCGUUCACGUACCUUUGGCCGCCGUGGAAAAGCGCGCCGAUGACCGGAUCAUCCGAUCCAAGUGGUGGAACCUGAAGAGGCCGGUGGCGGUGGACGUGGACCAGCUGAAGGAGGACAAGUUCUCCAGCAAGAUCCACGUCCGCAUCUGCCUCGACGGAGGAUAUCAUGUGCUCGACGAGUCCACCCAGUACAGCAGCGACCUGCGGCCCACGGCGAAGCAGCUGUGGAAGCCUCCGAUCGGGCUGCUCGAGCUCGGCGUCCUGAACGCGACCGGUCUCCACCCCAUGAAGACGAGGGAAGGGAAGGGCACCUGCGACUCCUACUGCGUCGCCAAGUAUGGCCACAAGUGGGUGAGAACUCGCACUAUCGUCGACAACAUGAGUCCGAGGUUCAAUGAGCAGUACACCUGGGACGUUUACGACCACGCCACCGUCCUCACCGUCGGCGUCUUCGACAAUUGCCAGCUUAGCGAGAAAGAUUCCAGCACCGGCGGCAACAAGGACGUGAAGAUUGGGAAGGUCAGAAUCCGUCUCUCCACGCUGGAAACCGGGCGCAUCUACACCAACACCUACCCGCUGCUGGUGCUCCACAACUCGGGCGUCAAGAAGAUGGGCGAGCUCCACCUUGCGAUUCGGUUCUCGGUGACGUCGAUGGUCAACAGCAUGUACAUCUACUCGAAACCGCUCCUGCCCAAGAUGCACUACAUCCGCCCGUUGCCCAUAAUCCAGCAAGAGAUGCUCCGCCACCAAGCUGUGCAGAUCGUGGCCGCUCGGCUGAGCCGAAUGGAGCCACCGCUGCGGAAGGAGGUCGUGGAGUACAUGUCAGACGCGCAUUCUCACCUGUGGAGCAUGCGCAGAAGCAAGGCGAACUUCUUCCGGCUCAUGUCCGUCUUCUCGGGCCUGUUCGCGGUGGCGAAAUGGUUCGGCGAUGUGUGCUCGUGGAAGAACCCUGUCACCACCAUUUUGGUGCACAUCCUGUUCAUCAUGCUCGUCUGCUUCCCUGAGCUGAUACUUCCGACCAUCUUCCUCUACAUGUUUCUUAUAGGUGUCUGGAAUUACCGGUUCCGCCCCCGCUACCCACCGCACAUGAACACCAAGAUCUCUUCCGUGGAGGCAGUGGAUCCGGAUGAGCUGGACGAGGAGUUCGACACCUACCCAACCUCUCGGAACCCGGAGAUCGUGAGGAUGAGGUAUGAUCGGCUGAGGAGUGUGGCCGGGAGGAUACAGACGGUGGUGGGCGACAUCGCGACUCAGGGUGAGAGACUGCAUUUGCUGCUAACAUGGAGGGAUCCCCGGGCCACGGCGAUGUUCCUGGUCUUCUGCCUGUGUGCAGCGAUGGUGCUGUACGUGACGCCGUUGCAAGUGGUGGCAGCUGCCGCGGGGUUCUACUUGAUGAGGCAUCCAAGGUUCAGGCACAAGUUGCCAUCUGUGCCCGUCAACUUCUUCCGUCGAUUGCCGGCGAGGACGGACAGCUUGCUCUAGAGCAGGAGCAGCAUCGAUUCGGAUGGCCUCUCCGGUGGAGUUGGUUGCUUGUCAUGGUCUUCGAAGCUGUUCUUCCUUGGUGCUUUAUGCGUAGGAGUAUCUGUUGCUGUAGCUGGUUAUCUUUUGCCUUGAUCUUUGGUGGUGUUUAUGUAGAGAUGGCGAGGGGAGAGACACCGUAAGCUUGUAUUAUCCAUCAGGUUGUACUACUUGCAACAGAUGGGAGUCAUGUUCUGAUCCUCAUCUUGUUUGAGAAUUGCAAGUUAUUUUGUCUUGUAUAUAUGCCUUUUGAUCGACA